UAUGUGCACAAGAUCUGUUAAUAAUAUUUUGAUUUAAGGUGUUUGCACGCACAUAUGCCUAUAUAACAAUUCGAGAAAGUACAUGUCUAGGUGAUAUAACGGACGAUAUGUCGAAACGCGGAUUGGUAGAAAGGUUAAAAAAUGGCGAAAAUGUAUUGAUAGCAAAUGGAUAUAUGUGGGAGUUUGCUCGUCGCGGAUACCUGACACUUGGUGGUUACGUUCCGGAAGUGGUGAUCGAACACCCGGAACUGGUGACACAACUGCAUGAAGAGUUCGUUCACGCCGGAACUGACGUGCUACCCGCAUUCACCUAUUUUGGACAUAGAGAAAAGAUGCGUUCGAUUGGCAGAGAAGCGGAAGUUGAAUCCUUGAACAGACAGGCGCUCAGAAUUGCCAGAAAAGUGGCGGAUCAGACGGGAUGUCUUGUAGCUGGCAGUGUUUGUCAUACUCAAGUCUACUCGCUUAACCACCCAGAAACACACGAGAAAAGCAGAGCAAUAUUUAAGGAGGUGAUAGAGUGGGCGGUGGAGGAGGGGGCGGAUUACAUUGUGGGGGAGACGUUCUCUAUCUUUGAGGAAGCUAUGCUGGCUCUGGAGUGUAUCAAACAGUACGGUAAAGGUCUCCCUGCUGUCAUCACUCUGAGUGCUCAUGUACCGGAUCAGACGGUGGACGAUGUCCCAAUACCGGAAGCUUGUCGUAGAUUGGAGGAGGCGGGGGCAGUGGCAGUAGGAUUGAACUGCUCCCGGGGUCCUAAAACCAUGAUUCCGCUCAUCCGGGAAAUUAGAAAAGUUUGCAAGGGCCCUAUAGCUGCUAUCCCUGUGCCUUUCCGUUGUAAAGAUGGAUGCCGCACGUUUUAUUCCUUCAAAGACGAAGAAACCGGAAAGUUUCUCUACCCAAACAACCUUGAAUGCAAAAAAUGUUCCUCAGAUGAUAUCAUAGAGUUUGCAACAGCAGCUAAGGAAAUUGAUGUGCAAUAUGUCGGUCUCUGCUGUGGAAAUUGCGCAGCUUACAUGCGUGAUUUAGCGGAAGUCUAUGGUCGUAAACCGGAAGCUAGUCGAUAUUCAUGUGACCUGUCCCUUUCGUUCGUCUGGGGAGAGAAAAAGGAACUGAAUAAAGUGGCAGAUAAGGAGUUUUUGUAUAUGGUGCACGGAAUGGAGAAAUAAACGAAUAUUUGUCACAUAUUCAAUGUAAAUGU